UUAGAUUAGAUAGUUCCCAUUCUCCUCUAAGUUCCUUCUUCUUCCCAUGGAGAUUGGGUAACUCACCAAUACCAUCAUCAACAUAAUAAUAAUAAUCAUCGUCAUUGUUAAACUGAAAUUCACAUUGCAUUAAUUGCAUUGCAUUGGAUUAUAUACAUACAAAAAUCGAUAUAUAUAUUUUUGUAUAUAAUCCAAUUCAAUCCAAUUCAUACAUUUUAUUAAUUCAUCAAUUUAUUAAUUCAUAAUCAAACUCUGAGUAUCAUCCAUGGGGAGUUGCGUAUCAACACAAGGCAAAAAUGGCAUCCGAAAGAGAUCAAAAGAUCACCACAACAACAACAACAACAACAAACACGUCAAAACCGCAUUCGAUCAAGACCACGAAGCUCCAACGCCGACGGCGCGUAGAUCAAGCGUGACAUCGCGUCCACUAAACGUCGUGACAAAUCCAAGUGCGGGUAGCAUAUUCGAUAAAUACGAGCUGGGAAAAGAGCUUGGGAGAGGCGAAUUCGGCGUGACAGUGCGUUGCGUGGACCUGCAGACGGGUGAGGCAUUUGCGUGUAAGAAGAUAGCGAAGACGAAGCUGAGAACGGAGAUUGAUAUUCAGGAUGUGAGGAGGGAGGUUCAGAUUAUGAAGCAUUUGCCUCAUCAUCCGAAUAUUGUUGCGUUUCGUGAAGCUUAUGAAGAUAAAGAUGCUGUUUAUCUAGUUAUGGAAUUGUGCGAAGGUGGUGAACUUUUCGAUAGGAUUGUUGCUAAAGGUCAUUAUACAGAAAGAGCUGCUGCGAAUGUAGCGAAAACCAUUCUUGAAGUUUGCAAGGUGUGUCAUGAGCAUGGUGUGAUACAUAGGGACUUAAAGCCUGAAAAUUUCUUAUUUUCAGAUGCAAGUGAGACAGCCUCACUUAAGGCAAUUGAUUUUGGACUUUCCACUUUUUAUGUAACUGGCGAUAGAUUCAAUGAAAUUGUUGGAAGUCCUUAUUACAUGGCUCCGGAAGUUUUGAGACGAAACUAUGGACAAGAGAUCGAUAUAUGGAGCACCGGCGUUAUUCUUUAUAUUUUGCUUUGUGGUGUUCCACCCUUUUGGGCAGAAACUGAAGAAGCCAUAGCGCAGGCGAUAAUCCGGGGUAAUGUAGAUUUCACAAGAGAUCCUUGGCCUAAAGUUUCUGAAGAAGCAAAAUCCCUUGUUAAGCGUAUGCUUGAUCCAAAUCCAUACACUAGAAUCACAGUUCAAGAAGCUCUUGAUCAUUCUUGGAUACAACAUAGGGAGCAUGGUAGAAAUGUUUCUCUUGGAGACCAUGUGAGAAUGAGGAUCAAGCAAUUCUCCUUGAUGAAUAGAUUCAAGAAGAAAGUCCUUAGAGUGGUGGCUGAUAAUUUGCCGGAUGAUCAAAUUGAUGGACUUAGAAAACUGUUUGAUAUGAUGGAUAAGGACAAUGAUGGACUCUUAACAUUUGAAGAGCUGAAAGAUGGCUUUUCAAUGAUUGGACAAGUUAUUCCUGAUCCUGAUAUUCAGACCUUAAUCGACGCUGCAGAUUCGGAUGGAAACGGCAACUUGAAUUGCGAAGAGUUCAUCACAAUGAGUGUUCAUUUGAGAAGGAUAGGAAAUGAUGAGCAUCUCUCAGAAGCAUUCGAUUUCUUUGACAAGAAUAAGAGCGGAUACGUUGAGUUUGACGAGUUAAAGGAUGCCUUAUCAGAUGAUGAUUCGACCGACGACCAGGUGGUUAGAGACAUUCUAAACGAUGUUGAUUUGGAUAAGGAUGGUCGAAUAAGUUUUGAGGAGUUUAAGGCAAUGAUGACGACAGGAGGAGAUUGGAAAAUGGCUUCUCGACAGUAUUCAAGAGCAAUGCUAAAUGCAUUAAGCUUCAGAAUGUUUAAAGACAAAUCUGCUGGAGUAGUAAUUAACUGAAUAUUUAACUGAAUUCAAAUUUCAUGUGGGGGCCAAGUUCCAAAUUCCGAGUUCAUAUGAUAUGAUGCAGAGCACUGUAUGCAUUUAUAUAUGUUGUAAUAUUUUGAGCAGUGUACAGUUUGAAGAGUGUAAAUGGAAGAAUAGGCCUCAUUGGAAGAAAAAGAAAUUGAGGAUCUCUUGUCAUAUAUAGUCAUCUCUGUUAACAUUAAUUAUUUAAUAA